CUGCAGACAAUGCAGCCGGCGGGCGUAGUUGCUGCGCUGGCGGCUCUGCUGGUGUCCAACGGGACGUCGGUGCUGGACUGCGUCUGCACCCACCUCAUCGACGACGACGACGGAUUCUGGUCACCCGGUCAUGCCGAAUAUAUAAUAAGGUUCAACUACUGUCGCUAUUCCGUAAUGUUUCCGGUCUUUGAGGACUGCAGGCGCCCGGAGCAGCCGUCGGCCGCCUCUGCCGCCGUGGGGCGCCUGAUAGCCCGCAUGUGGAGCGACGACCCGGCUGGAGGGCAGAAGGCGGAGGCGGAGGCGGAGGCGGAGGGGUGUGGCCGCGCCCUGGCCGAACUGCGCAGCCUCACCCUGCCCCAGGAGAACCAACUCAUCGAGCACAUCUUCUGCCGGAUCGCCGCCGACUGCAUCCGCUCCUGCCCUGCGCCGAGGUCGGACUGGAACGUGACAGCGCUGCGGGCGGACCGCGUGAGGCGCGCCGCCCUCUCGCAGUCGGUGCUCGCCGUCCGGCGCAUCACGAGGGCCGCCAUCGCCAGGACAGAGUGUGAGACCCACCACCGGCUCGACUUUGACUUUUUUGGGAGGAGGUUCCUGAACAAAACCGAACUGCAGGACCUGACUGCGGUUUUCCGGGAGCACCUCUCCAACACCUGGCGAGACUUUGCCAAUCUCUUCUCACUCGGUGUGUCGCAUGCCUCACAGCUGUUGGUUCCCCUCGCAUUUGAAGAUACGGGUAACCACACGAGUGAUCAGCGACUUCACGGUUGGAUUAAGGACGUGGAACGUGUGGGAGACAUGCUACACACAAAAUUAACCGGAUUGGUACUCGACACGCAAUCCAUUAUCAAACAGGUAGCGCACUACGAGAUAGAACAAGACAAGCCUUCGCUCCUGAAAUUCAGGCGGCCGCUGUUGAGUCCACGCCUCCUGCUCUACCAGCCGUGGAACGUCUUCUUCCACGACGACUUCAGUGCGCUGUGCGAGGAGCGGCAGCCAGAAUCGUCGCACAUGUUCCGAGUCGCUGACGCACUGUACUCCUUCUACCGUGUCUACUGGUUUACUGCAGCCGAUCCCCUAGAUACACUCUUCGAUCUUUAUUUCGAGUCUAUGGAAGAGGACGAGGAGUGGCAGCUGGAGGACAGAAGCCACACCACGGUCUCCGUGGACACCGACUGUGUGCAGCUGCUGGCGAACGCCCUGGACCACCCCACAUGUCCGCUGGAAGACCUGCCGCCGGAGACCGUGGAGCAGCGUGAGCGGUGCCGCGCGGAGCUGUGGGACGACGUGGUGCAGAGAUCGCCCCACGUGCCCGUCACCAGCUACCUGGCCUACACGCAGAGGGUGAACAUCAACCUCUGUCUGCUGGCCUGGAUGGCAGUUGGCCCAUACGGUAUCUGUCAGGACGUCCCAUUUAGCACGAUACGGUCGGUGCACGAUGCUCGCUGCUAUUUCGAUAGUCCUGACGAUCAAUCGUGUCUGGAAUCGAACGCCACAGAUGCCAUCUGCUCUGUUUCCAGAGCUAUUUUGAUGCUGAGGUGUCGCGAUUUUUCCGCCUUUUCCGAUAAUUGCAGCAUCAAUUAUGAAAGACCUCUAUCACACCCAUUGACAGUGGAAAGUGGGGACCUACCGCAUCAAAAGGUAACAGAAGAAACACUGAACCACAAAAACAGCUUAAACGACGCCACCUUGAGAUACAAGAAUUUCAAAAUCGACAGCUUAAAGCCUUUGGAAAUCUCACUUGUAUUGGUAAAUAUUGUUUUCCGCCUUUGGACUGCCGGAGUAUACAUGUACCUUCCCCAGUUACGCAACUUGCCUGGAAAGAUAUUCUUGUCCUUUCAGAUCACUUGUAUAGUCCAGAUCAUGUGUUCUGAGGUCGUGUAUCGUAUGACCGGUUUCCCUGGCUUAUCUACAGCAGUGCUGAUAGAUAGCGGCCUCACACUUCUCAGCUGUAUCUGGCUAAACCUAUUCUGCUACCACAUGUAUGCUUGUGUUCGUCACCUCACGCUUCCUGACGACCUGCUACCUGCUGAAGUAAGCAGGUUACUCUGUCGUCAAGUGCUGUAUGCGUUAAUACCGUGGAGUACAGUAUGUGUGGCAGCUGCUGCUUUGGAAAAGACGAGCAAAUAUCAUCUGAUCCAUAGUCGUGUAGUAGUCCUUGCGAGCAUUGCACUAUCAGUGUCUUUCAAUAUGGUUUGUCUCGGACUGAUUGGGUACAUGUACCUACGCACUCGGUUUUCCAUGCGGCAACUCAAAAUUUUUGUUAACAAUAAAUUUGCCUCAAAGAAACAAUGUUUUUUCAUGUCAGUUAAGGCUGUUAUCCUAAGUGGAAUAGGCAUUAUAAUUAGAAUCGGGUUCCACCAGGCUCAGGAGAUAGCGCAGUUUGUGUACUACGUACACCUAGUUACGAUGUUGCAAGGACCAGUGCUGUUCGUCUGCUUCGUCUGUAACGGAACGACGCUCCCCUUACUGAAGGACAGGCUGCUGGCGUGGUUUAACCCAACUGGCAUCCCUGCAGGGCGAGAACUCUGCUCAGCUGCAGAGAGGAAUCUGGCCAGGAGGAACAACGAACAGUCUCCAGCUGCAGAAUCCUCACUGUAGGCUGCUUCGGUAUUUUUCCCAAAUAACUGUCUUCACUACAGACUGCAUUAAAGCCAGUAAUCAGGUAUAAAGAUGUACUCUAUCUGAUAUGACAACAUUAAAUGUGAUAUCGUACAGCCAGCGCUUAGCGCUUUGCUAAUGUCUUCUUCAUUUAUAGCUGUGUGUUUAUUUUAGCCUCUGUCUGCGUAUUCUAAUGCAGUGAGAUUACUUACGAAAAUUGUUCCGAAACACUUUGUGUACCCAUAUAUAUAUAUAUAUAUAUAUAUAUAUAUAUAUAUAUAUAUAUAUAUAUAUAUAUAUUAAUAAAACCAACAAACUGCAGGGACGAAUCCCAAUGGGAAGUGGAGGAAAAAGGUCGUAUCAACAUGUGUGCAGAAAUGCACCGCUACCACAGUAGAUGGCGCUGACGAAUUAAAUUUCCUCUGACCACGUCCCGUGUGUUCCUCGUAUAUAAGAGACUGCGUGAUCGACGGAGCAUACUGUAAGCAGCAUACGGUGUGGUAUUCGUGUCGGGAUCAAGCGGGACACAGUCAAACAGAUGGAAACAGUCGAGAUGCAGCGCAGCUAUACCUGAACAAGUGCCGUCACGGAGAAAAACCACACCACACAACAUUUCAAACCCUUUUGGACGAUUGUGUGAUCACGAGUCCUUUCAGUCAGAUGUAUGUGCAGGGAGGUGGCGGACUGUGCACACACCAGAUCCGGAGGACUGGGCUCCACAGAAUAUUCGGACGAACCCUUGCAAAAGUCCAGGAAGGUGGCCAGCUAUUUGCACAUACCAGGCUCUCUCUGAAUGACGGGCUGUUCCACUGGAGCUCAUAAUAGGGUUUGUCUCAGUAUCCUGUCGAACCCCGUCCUCCAAAUCUGGUGUACGCAGACUCCGCCGCCUCCCUGCACGUUCGUCUGCCUGAAAGGACCAGUGGUCACACAAUCGUUCAAAAAUGGCUUGAAAUGUUAUGUAACGUGGUUGCCUUGUGUGAGGAAAGCUUGUUUUGGUAUAGUCGUGCUGCGUCUCGACCGUUUGGUUGUACAAAAUCACCACCUUGCCUUAUUCACAACACGCUGCUCUCACUCGUCAGUGUCACCUACUGUGGCAGUGGUGCUUAAUUAAGAUAUGUUGCCUGGAAAAAGGAAGUUUUAUACAGAUAUGCGUGUGAAACUUGUACUUCUAUACGAUUUGUAAUUUAAGUACCACGGCAAGAGACUUUCAAAUCUUUGUAAAAUGAAAGGAGCAGGGAGAUGGCUGAAGUAGUGCGUGGAUGAAUGUGUAAAUGGGUUUGUUGAGCUUAUUAGUGUUUCGAUUGCAUAGAGUGGCUCAAGUAAAAAAAAAAGCAAUAAAUAAAUGUGUAAAAUGUGACUCGAAGUGAACGCAGACAAAGUAUGAAAGGAUACUAUUAUACGAGAUUAGAGUAAUUGCGUUUGUGAGACAAUAUGGUGAUUUGUUAAGGUAGACGUUCGUAAGGGUACUGUAGCAGAUGUUAAAAAUUAGGGUUCCACGUGCUACUCUAUAAAACGGGGAAGAACAUUACUUAAUGGGGCAUUUAUAGAAACGGAGCCAUGGGAGGAUAAACAUGUGCCAGUAGAGUGAAUCCUGGAAAAAAUGUGCCACAGUAGCUUAACUAGAAGGACGCACUACGCUGAAAUUAUUGUGAUUUGUAAUCAGAAGAUGAUGUAACAUUUGUUCAAAUAAAACCUGAGUGAUAAAGUGAA